UGAACAGUCAAAGUAUUUUGAGUGACUAUCUAAGCAAAAAUGGAAUAUCUGGCUUACUUCGCAAAGCUUCUAAUCCUCGUCUGUCUGGUUUCUGAAGCCAUACAAGGCACUAUCGGCAUAGACAUUGCACCACGCAUAGUAGGUGGUCGAACCGCAGCCAGUGGUCAAUUCCCAUAUCAGGUAUCGGUGCGCGUAGGCGGAAAGCAUACCUGUGGUGGCACAAUAAUUUCUGAAGACUUUGUGGUAACUGCCGCACACUGCGUUUACAGUGUUGCGCCAGCAUACCUUACAAUUCUAGCCGGUACCACAAAUCGCACUGCAGACCGUGUAAUUAAGGAUGUGGUGAAAGUGAUUCCACAUCCUAACAUAACUGCUAACUUCGACAAUGACAUUGCCUUACUUAAACUCAACGCAUCACUCCAACUCAGCGAUCUCAUACAACCGAUAACUCUUGCUGCUCUUGAGGCGCCCGUAGGCUCACAAAUUACAAUUUCCGGUUGGGGACGUACAAAUGAAGGCGAUCCACUCUCAUCGCAACUAUUGUACAAUAAAUUUGUGACAACCAUAAGUGAUGCUGAUUGCACGCGAGCUAUUGGUUAUGAUACAUCUAAAUCUGGAAUUCUAUGCCUUAGUAGGGGGUACGGAAAUGGUAUUUGCGAUGGUGAUGAAGGUGGUCCCGCCGUUUACAGAGGCACAUUAAUUGGCAUUGCAAGUUUCCAAAUAGGUUACUGUGGUAGUGGUGUAGCAGAUGGCUACUCAAAGGUGAAAUUCUUCAGAGAUUGGCUGAUUGAAAAUAGUGCCACAGACACCGUGCCUGUUUAAAAAGGUAUUUGCUUGUUUAGAUAAACUUUCAAAAUUUUGUAAAAAUAUUUAAAGGAAAUGUAAAAUUAAAUUAAAUAAAUUUGUAUGAGCAUACCGUA